AUGAAGAUUUCUUGGCCUAAUUACUCGAGUUCUUACGGUAUUGCCGGUAUUACUAUUGCCACCGGGGGUUUGAUCAUUGGAUGGGCUUUCCCGGCCGCCAUUGUUGAUUUGGUUUCUCAGAUUGAUUCUCACGGAAACGGUCUCAUGGCUGAGCUGGAUUGA